AUGAUUAACGGUGUACAAUGUACACAAUACCAUCAUCAGCUGUUACACUGUAACUCUGUGCGCGCUAAUGUUGCAGCGACUAGCAGUUCAGAUGACGCCCUGUUGCCUAUUGUCUCGGGUAACAUACGCRGAAGAAAUGGUUUAUGUCAACGUGGGAACAUCAUGCUUGAUUCUGGUGCGCAGUUAAGUAUAAUUUGCCAACAAACGGCCGACAAACUAGGACUUACAGGAAAACCUGUAUCAAUAACCCUGAGUAARGUGGGCGGAGAAGAAGAGGUCAUAAAGACGCAUGUCUACAAAGUCCCCAUCACAUCGUUAGUCGACAAUAAGAGUUAUACCAUCAACGCAAUCGGGCUAGCACGCAUUACUGAUGACGUCAGCGGAGCGCCAAUUCAGACCAUAACAGAACGACUAAACCUGAGGAAAACCGACAUCAAAAGAGGAAAAGGUACUGUACACCUGCUAAUCGGGGUCGACCACGCCCACAUGCACACUGGAGAAACGAGACAAAGUGGAAAUCUGGCUGCAAGACACUCUCCCCUGGGAUGGGUGGUUUUCGGAUCCCCAUCUGACGACAUUGAUAGUACAUCAACGAAGUUAGCAUUACACGUGAAGUAUGCGCAACCAGUAGACCUUACGAGUUUCUGGACAACAGAAGCAAUGGGCGUAARUCCGAAGCARGGCUCCUUAGAUCACCUCAGUACUGUCGAGAAGAAGGAGGCUGAGGUAAUAGAGAAAUCCUGUGUAAAAGUGGGAAAUCAAUGGCUAGUACCCUAUCCGUGGAUAAAAGAUCCAAACCGGUUACCCGACAACAAGGCCCAAGCACUGAAAAGCCUUGAGUCUACAGAAAGACGACUCUCAAAACAUCCUGAGCAAGCAGCCAUCUACGACAAACAAAUGACUGACCUGGAAGAGAUGGGAUUUGCGAGAAAGCUCACGAGAGAAGAGGCUGAUAACUACAAAGGGCCUAUACACUAUAUAGCACAUCACGCUGUCAUCCGGCCAGAAAAAAAKAGUACCCCAGUGCGCAUUGUCUUCAAUUCUUCAUCAGUUUACAAAGGUCAUCGCUUGAAUGACUACUGGAUGAAAGGCCCGGAUUUGCUAAACAGUCUAUUUGGUGUCCUACUGCGUUUCAGAGAAGAUAUCGUAGCGUUCGCAGGAGAUAUUUCCAAGAUGUAUCAUAGAGUCUUGAUCACUGAGCAAGAUCAACAUGUUCACCGCUUUCUGUGGAGAAACCUAGACACGACACGAGAACCAGGUGUUUAYGUCAAAACUGUGCUUACUUUCGGCGACAAACCCGCUCCCGCCAUGGCUCAGAUUGCUCUACGCAAAACAGCACAUGAAAAUCAAGAGAAGUACCCAGAAGCAGCACAGACACUCAGAGAGAACACCUAUAUGGAUGACAUCUGURAAUCAGUACACACCAAAGAGAAAGCUGAAAGGAUUACCAAAGAAUUAGAUGAAGUACUAGAGAGUGGAGGUUUCAAGGUAAAGGGAUGGAUUUCGAACAAAGUCUUAGACGGCUCUUCAAAUCAGCAACGACAGGAGGUCGACAUUCUACAAAGCGAGGAGAAGAUACUCGGAGCUGUGUGGAACAAUGAAGAAGACACGAUUACCUUUAAAGUUAACCCGAAUCACAUUAGGUGUAAAGAACAAAGCAAGUUGACAAAGAGAACAGUGCUGAGCCAAGUAGCAAGGAUAUAUGAUCCCAUAGGAUUCGCAUCUGCCUUUCUCAUCAGAGCAAAAAUCGGUCUACAACAGUUAUGGCAAAGAGGGCUUGGUUGGGACGACGAGCUUCCAGACGAUACCAAGGCAGUAUGGGUUGCACUGUUCGAAGAAAUGAAGGAACUGAACUCUGUAACAUUUGAUCGUUCUCUAACUCCUGACGAAAGCGCACAUUCUCCUAUUCUAUGCAUUUUCACUGAUGCAUCGCAAGAUGCAUUUGGAGCGUGCGCAUAUAUCAGAUGGCACGUCAGCAAUGGAACAUUUGAAGUACGUUUCAUAGCAGCCAAGUCUAGAGUAGCACCUAUCAAAGCUCUGACGAUACCACGAUUGGAACUCCAAGGCGCGGUCAUAGGAUCUAGACUAUCCAGAAGCAUCCAAGAGGAGACGAGGAUUGAGUUUACUAAGGUGAUGUUCUUCACCGAUAGCGAGAUUGUACUAGCUUGGAUACGUAGCCAAGCAAGAAUCUACAAGCCAUUUGUAUCAGUCAGGAUUGGAGAGAUUCAAGACAACUCUGAUCCAGCACAGUGGAAUCACAUUCCUGGCAAGCACAAUGUUGCUGAUGACCUGUCACGUGGAUUGUCCAUCAGACAACUUGAUGAAAGAUGGAAACAUGGUCCUGCAUUUCUGAAAUGCCCYGAAGAAGAGUGGCCCAUUACGCACAACGAAUCAAACCAGCAUUGCAAUGAUGCUGACAAAGAAAUCAAGAAACCAAAGGCAGUAUGUACGGCAGUCAAGUCGCCAGACCUUAUUGACUACAGCAGGUUCUCCAGCUGGAAGACGCUUAUUCGUGUUAAAGCAUGGCUUCAAAGAUUUGUAAAUAAUCUACACGCAAGAAAGAGCCCAGCUUAUACCAACAAGUCAGGAACGCUCACACCACAAGAGUUGGAACAAGCCAGGAAGACCAUCAUAAAGGAUGCUCAAAGAAGUUUGAAAGCAAGAAUCAAGAGCAGAAAGCAGAGUUUCCUACCUAAUCGCCCUACAGAACCAUGA